ACUUGAGCAUGAUCCCAAAGUCCAUGUGGCACAGUUGUCUCCGGACAUCAUUUGACGUUCUUGUUUCUCUUCUUGCUCUGUAACUUUUCACAGUAACAUGUAUUAGCCUCAUUUUCUCGCUAUUUGCUAUUUUUGUGACUUUCAACAUUCACCACUGAAGUGGCUCCUGCCAUUUACUUCACUGAAGCCUGUUUCAGCACUGCUACUGAUGGACAACGACAGGACAAAAAGGGGCAUUGUGUGUCUGUUGUAGAUCGAGGAUGACUGGCCAGGUUACAGUCUUGACCUGUUCACAUAUCCUGAGCACUACCACACAGACAUCGAGUGUGUUUACAUCCCGCAUGGGGUCAUCAUGGACAGGAUAGAGCGUCUGGCACGUUACGUCAUGCAGGACUUUGGGGACAACAACAUCAUGGUGCUGUGUGUUCUGAAGGGAGGCUACAAGUUUUGCUCAGAUCUUGUGGAGUCCAUCAAGGUGCUUGGCCGCAACUCAAACAAAUACCUAGAAACACGUGUGGAGUUCAUUCGCUUGAAGAGUUACCUGAAUGAUCAGUCAACAGAGGACCUGCACAUCAUAGGAAGCAGAGACCUGUCUUUUUUGCGUGGAAAGAGCGUGCUCAUAGUUGAGGCCAUAGUUGACACAGGAAAAACCAUGAAGGCCCUUCUGAAGCAUGUGGAGACCUUUGAACCCAAGAUGGUCAAGGUCGCGGGACUGCUGGUGAAGAGGGUUCCACACAUGGCUGAAGGUCUGACAGACUAUGUUGGAUUUGAAAUCCCCAACCACUUCGUUGUUGGCUACGCCCUGGACUACAAUGAAUAUUUCCGUGACUUGAACCAUAUCUGUGUCAUCAGCAAGACUGGGAAGUUGAAGUACAAGGUUUGAGAAGAAGCAAAGCCACAAGUCGAAAAGAAAAGGAAAAGAAAAAGAAAAUCAUUUUUCAUCAUCUCAGUUCAACAAAUUAAAUAAAAAAUGAUGUAUGUCAACAGACAGAUCAGGCUGUCUUCCACUCAUGGCCAUGCACACUUCAUGCUUAAUCACCUGACAAUUCACUUCAUGUAACAGACAUGUACACACACAGGCGUUACUGAGGAAUUCAGCCCAUUUGUCUUCUGGAUACACAGAGUCUCUUGUCUCUUGUGUUUACUUUGUAUUGAAGUGCCACUUAAGUCUGAUACCCUUCCUUGCUCCACAUAAAAGUCAGAAAGAGAGUCAAUGAUCAUAAUCAGUUCAUCAUCCUGGUAGAAAUGCUGCUGUAAAUGAGUUUUUUCAGUCGAAGGUAAUGGUUCAGCUCCAGACACAAGGCCUCUCCAAGUUAAAUGGCCUGACAAAUGAGCCCCUACUUGGAUAAUACGAGUGAGUGCAAACAAAAGAGAGUUCUGGGAGGUUUGGAGCAGCCUCUUUCCAUGUUGUGCUUCCAAAACGCUCUCAGGUUACCACGGAGUAGCGUAAACAGAGCCUAGAAAACCAGAGUUUAUCACUUGUGCGUGUCGCAUGAAGGUGAGACAGAGUGAGGUAAGCAAAACCAAGGAAACUUCUGAUGUGUGCUAUUUGUGCAUCUAAAUCCACAAAGACUCCUAUUGUACCUGCAGCUGCAACCUCAAAUGCCCUUAUCAUAAAACAUCAGCUUGGCGGCGGUGUUUAACGUAUCCCAGCACUAAUGCCCCCUGCACUGGCCUGGGAACCCACAGGACAUUGUCUUUCACCUUGAUUCAGGGCUUGGUGAAAGCGACAAGGGACAAAAAGCCCUUCAGGUUUCGCAUCCUUCAGCUUUGUAGUGCUCUGUCAAGGGAACAGAGGAUGGGGCCGACCUCAGAAAGUAGGCUACAGGUAAACUGUGCUCAGCACAAAGGAACAAAAUGGCAAUUGUACAUUUCAAUGACCACACAUCCAUGCAUUCUGUAUAACAUGAGACGGAGCAGUAUUUGAUUUCACCAGCACAGUUCUGAACAUGUGUUUAUUGCAAAAACAUAUUAAAUUUUAAUUAAAUUCUCUUUUCUUAAAAGAA